ACUUUACUUGACCUAGAGCGUGGACCUGUCAUUUAUUUCCUAUUAAUAGCGCCAAAUGAUUGUUCAGGACCCGUAUAAAAGCCCUAUCACAGCCAGGAUUUAGCAUUCACAGUUCACUGUGCAGUUAAACACACACCUCAAAAUGGCAGCUAAGUUCUUCGUCCUUGCCGUCUUAGUAGCUGCUGCUCAGGGCAGCGCUAUCCAUGGAGAUUACACGAGCUUCUCCUAUGGAGUGUCUGACCCCCACACCGGUGACGUCAAGAGCCAGCACGAGACCCGCGUCGGUGACAACGUGGUCGGCCAAUACUCUCUCUUGGAGUCCGACGGCACCCGCCGUACCGUGGACUACGCUGCUGACGCCCACUCUGGAUUCAACGCUAUCGUCCGCAAAGACCCAGCUCUGAUCGGUCACGUUGCCCACGCUCCCGCUGUUGUCGCCGCUCCCGUGGCUCACGCCGCUCCCGCCGCGUACGCUGCUCACGCCGCAUACGCCCCUGCGGCUUAUGCUGCCCGUGUGGCCCCAGUAGCCGUGGCUCACGCCGCCCCCGUUGCUGUUGCCGCUGCCCCAUCUGUGUCCUACUCCGCUCACUCUACCUCAGUGGCUCAUGGAGGAGUUGUCGCUCACGCCGCUCCCCUCGCCUACGCCGCUGGUCCCCUCGCUCACGGUGCCGCUUACGCCGCUCCCCUCGCCCACGGGUACGGAGCUGCUUAUGCCGCCCCCCUCGCCCAUGGACUUGGCGCUCACGGUUACGGCGCUCACGGUUACGGCGCUCACGGACUCGGCUUACAUUACUGCGAGUCCAUGGGCGCCAUAGCCGUACGCAUGGCUAAGAGGGGCAGCGUAUGCGUUGAUGGCAAGGGGUGCAGCGGCGUAGCUGCUGUAGGCCAAGGGAGAUGGGUGGGCGGAGUACGCGACGGGAGCGGCGUGGGCGUACGCGACGGGAGCAGCGUCAACGGGAGCGGAGUACGCGAGGGGUGCAGCUACAACGGCAGGAGCGUGGGCUACGAGCGCUGGGUCCUUGCGCACGACAGCGCUGAAGCCGUUGUGGGCGUCAGCAGCGUAGUCCACCGUCCGCCGGGUACCGUCAGACUCGAGCAGGGAGUAUUGGCCGACCACGUUGUCACCGACGCGGGUCUCGUGCUGGCUCUUCACAUCACCGGUGUGGGGUCAAAUCAGUUGCAGUCAGAAGUCGAGCUAAACACACGUACAAUGGCCUCUAAGUUUGUCGUCCUUGCCCUAUUGGUGGUUGCCGCCCAAGGCAGCGCCAUCCAUGGAGCUAACUACAACAGCUUCUCCUAUGGAGUGUCUGACCCCCACACCGGUGACGUGAAGAGCCAACACGAGACCCGCGUCGGUGACAACGUGGUCGGCCAAUAUUCUCUGCUCGAGUCUGACGGUACCCGGCGGACGGUGGACUACGCUGCUGACGCCCACAACGGCUUCAACGCUGUCGUGCGCAAGGACCCAGCGCUCGUCGCCCACGCUCCUGCCGUUGUAGCUCCCCUCACAUACUCCGCUCCCGUUGCUGCCGCGUACGGCGCCCACGCCGCUCCCUUAGCUUACGCACACGCUGCUCCCGUCGCGUACGCCCACGCCGCUCCCGUUGCGUACUCCGCCCACGCCUCCCCAUUGGCCUACAACUCUUACUCUUACGCCGCCGCUCCUCUGGCCCACAGCGCCAUCGCCGCCCCCCUGGCUUACGGAUACGGCGCCCACGGUUACGGAGCACAUGGUUACGGAGCUCACGGUUACGCUCGUUUAGCCUGGUCAAUGGCAGCUAAGGUUGUAGUUCUUACCGCUCUGGUCGCUCUGGCCCAUGCCUCAGUAGUUCCAGUAGCGAAAGUAGACAACGACUACACAAGCUUCGCGUAUGAUGUGGCGGAUCCCUACACUGGUGACUUCAAGAGCCAAGUGGAGACACGUUCUGGAGGCGUUGUUCAAGGUCAAUACUCCUUGCUCGAUGCUGACGGUACCAAACGCACCGUCGACUACAGCGCUGAUGAUGUGAACGGUUUCAACGCUGUUGUACGCAAGGACCCCGCAGUGAUAGCCUCUGUUGCUGCUGCUCCUGCUGUAGUUGCUCCCGCCGUCGCCCCCGCAGUUGUAGCCGCCCGCACAUAUGCUGCACCCGUUGUUGCCACCGCCCCAGUAGUAGCAUCCGCCCCAGCCGUAGUUGCGUCAGCUCCUGCCGUUGUUGCCACAAAAGCCAUUGCCGCCCCAUCUUUCUACACAGCAGCAGCUCCAUCCCUGGUAGCAACUAGCUCAUUCGCUGCUCCUUCAGUUUACGCCGCUGCCGCCCCCGCAUACUCGUAUGCAUCAUCUGCCCCAGUCAUUGCUCGCACUUACGCCGCAUCUGCCCCAGUAUUUGCCCGUACGUAUGCAGCAUCUGUUCCAGCCAUCUCUCAUUCUUAUUCUUCAUCUGCCCCAGUGUUCACUAGCUCUUACGCCGGAGCUCCAGUGCUAGCUCGUUCCUACGCUGCCCCUGCCCUUUACAGCGCUGGUCACUCACUUUUUGCCCCAAGCGCAUACGCUCGUUAUGCCUCCCCAUAUUACUCUACCUACUGGUAAACUGUGACUUGAAGGCUAUUAAAUAAACCAAAUGUAUCGACGUGUAAUAUGUAAAUAGAUUAUUGUACAUAU